ACUUUUUUAUGAAUAGCUUUGCACAAAGUACAGAAGUUCCAUGUGUCAUCCUUUAACAUCCACCUAUAGGCUUAAGCCUAAUGAUAAAAGCAUAAAUAUCCAAAAGCUAUGGAUUAAAUGGUUAUUUAAAACAUAAUGUAGAUCUACACAGUUCAUGUGUGCAAAACAGCUGCAUAUUAAUAUCACACUAGCUAUGGCACAAAUAUAGAGAUAAUGAUAUGGAGCAAACAUUAAAAAAAUGAUAUGGUGCAAACAUUGAGAAACUCCGCCUCUUUUCUGAAUCCCAGCAUCUGUUGCUCUCUCAGCCACCCACCCCCACAGCAUCUCAGCUCUUUAAAAGCAGCCUAUCCUGGAUGUUCAGGCAAUUUGGAUCUAGUUAAGAUCCUAAGAUAACUCACAUUGGCUGAUACUCCCUUUUUUAUUUGGUUUUUUGAAAGUAUUAGAGAGAAGCAUAAAAUUAAAAAAGAAUAAAAGUAAAAGAACCUACCUAAAUUCAGUGCACAAAGAUGUUUUUUGAUUUACUAAUUAUUUUUGUUCCAGUUCUUUGCUUAUUCAGCUCAAACUACUUUGCGUUGGGCUUAGGGAAUGGGUGCAAGGAAUUGUGUAAUGGGUCCUCAGGUAACCUCAAAAGUCAAACAGCUGAACGUGUAACAGGGGAUGUGAGCACAUCCAUUCUGGCAUUAGAUGAACCCUGUGGGGUUUAUACUCUGCCUUGUCCCCAUGGUCUUCGCUGUAUCCCUCCUCUUGGAGAGCAGGGCCCUCUUCAGGCGCUGCUUCAGGGACGAGGGCUUUGCAAGAACAUCAAAAGUACUAUUACAGACAUAUCUCCACCUACAGAUUACAGACCAUCGACAGCUGAUAACACGGAAAAGGGUCCUUGUCGAAAAUUGCUAAAUACAGUGCUCCAAGGUAUUGAGCUGACAGUAAUUCAUUCAAUCCAAGACAUCUACAUUCCUAACUGUGACAGACAUGGGUUCUUUCGGAAAAAACAGUGUCUUUCAUCGCGGGGAAUGCAAAGAGGCCACUGCUGGUGUGUUGAUGAAAAGGGAGCAAAAAUUACGUCUUGUAAAAGAGAAGAUGGUACCAUCUCUUGUACCAGUACCUGAGAUUUGUGGAACAGCACUGGACAACUAAUGAUAAUCAGAAUCUGGAAUCUGAGUAAGAGCUGAAACAGAUUGAAGUACACCAGCAUAAUGAUAAUAGAUUAUUU